UCUGGGAAAAGAAAGACUGGAGGCGGUCGCCAUAUUGUUUUUAUUCCGCAGAUUCACUGGAGCAGAAAGCAACGAACAUCCUUAUUAAAUCAGCUUAUAAUAAACAAUUAUACAGGUAACCGUAAUAUAAUAUUAGAAGAGGUCGUUGUAGAUGUCACUGCAUUCAUAAGACCAUAUUUAGUCGUGUCAGUCGGAUUUAUUCGUGCAGAACAUGGGGCGCUCCCGGAGCCGCAGCUCGUCCCGGUCCAAACACUCUAAACACAGCCGCAGACGGAGCCGCUCCAAAUCCAAAUCCAAUAAGAAAAGGAGCAGAUCGAAGGAGUUGAAGAGAAGCAGACGGUCCCGCUCGAGAUCUGGCAGCAGGAGGGACAGGGGUGGCUCACCACCCGACAGAACCGACAUGUUCGGCCGGACACUGAGCAAGAGAAGCAACGACGAGAAACAGAGGAGAGAAGAGGACGAGAGAAGAGCAGAGAUAGAAAGACAGAGGAAGAUCCGUCACCAGGAGAUCGAGGAGCGCCUGAUUGAGGAGGAGACGGCGAGGCGUGUGGAGGAGCUUGUGGCGCGGCGUGUGGAGGAGGAGCUUGAGAAGCGACGUGACGAGAUCGAGCAUGAGGUCCUGCGGAGGGUGGAGGAGGCCAAACGCAUCAUGGAGGCACAGCUUUUGCAGGAGCUAGAGAAGCAGAGGCAGGCAGAACUGAACGCCCAGAAAACCAGAGAGGAGGAAGAGAAAUCCAAACGAGCGGAGCUGGAGAGAAUUUUGGAAGAAAACAACCGAAAGAUUGCUGAUGCUCAAGCUAAGCUGGCUGAGGAUCAGCUACGUAUAGUAGAAGAACAGAGAAAGAUCCAUGAGGAACGCAUGAAGCUACAGCAGGAGAGGCAGAAACAACAGAAAGAGGAACAGAGGAUGAUAUUGGGGAAGGGCAAGUCCCGACCUCGCCUCUCCUUCACUCUCAAAGCUACAGAGUGACUCUUGUCUUGUCUUCUCUUUUCUUCUGAUGAGUGCUUCAUGUUGAAGUGAAUCGGAGUCUCAAAGAGAGGUCUGCUCUGUGCGCUCUGCCCACAUAAAUUGGUCUUCAUAAACCCAGGAAAGAAAGAAAAAAUCCCCCCAAAAAUUGAAUCCUCUCUUCAUAACCGGACUUCCAGGCCCCACCACAGACUUACAGAUCCUGCCAUCUUUUGCUUCUUCUUUUUUUCAGUGUGUUGUAUUGAUAUUUGACAUUAUUAGGCUGGAGUCACCUUUAGAAACAUUGUUUUCCUUUUCAGUGGCAAACAAAUAAGAAUGAAUAAGUGUAAAUAUUUGUGUAUAUGAGUGUGUGUGUUGUUGGAUCGGUCGGUUGGUCAUUAUAUGUCAGUGGUUUGGGAGCUUGAAUGGUACAACCCCAGUUUACGACGGUACUUUUCAAAGCAUCAGCAUACACAAAAUUAUUAUUAUUUUUUUUAAAUGUAAAUUGGCAGACUUUUCAUUUUAUGCUUAUUAGUGAACGUAUGUCUGGGUGUGUGAGAGCAUUUUGUAUUUUUUAGACUGCAGACUGAACACCUCAAAGCAUAUAUAGUUCCUAAAAUGCUGCUUAAUACAUAAUCCCAUAAUCACCUGAUAUGAGCCACGUUUAUAGCAUUGUAACCUAGAUCAUAUUUGUCCUUUUUGAUACACUUUACUCAAAUCGCUCAUUUUGAAAUGUAGAACAUAUGUGUGACCAGAACUUUAGCUUUCACAAUACAAACAUUUCAGUGAAAAAGAAAAAAAAAAGGUUACAGUGUUACAAAGUCUCGUAAUAUCUAGUGCUCUGUUGUUACCUUAAGGAAAUCGGGAAUCACAGGUAAGACUAGUUAGGGUGUGUAUGCGAGCGAGUUUGUGUGUGUGUGUAUGUGUGUGUGUGUGUGUGUGUGUGUGAGUGUGUGCUAGAGGGUGUUCUUGUAUUGUGGUAAAUUACUCUUUUCCUUGUGAACUGGGACAUUUAGUGUGUUGACCAAUAAAUCCUGUGAACACAA